AUGUCAAUGUGGUUUCUGCUGCCGCUGUUUGGGUUGCUGACCACGGUGGUGGGCGCCGGCCUGAUCUGUGCCACCUCGAGCCUUGCAGAGGAGGAGGCGUCUCUGCUCCGCGAUAAAAACGAAGAGGAAAAGCAAGGGGGCCAUGGCUGGCCAGUGGCGGCCACUGGAGUGCUCGCCACCUGGCUGCUCAGCAUCCCCUUCCUUGGGGUGACGUGGGAGCUCCUGCUCCGCGCACUCCCCGGCCUCCUUCUGGGCAUCUGGGUGGUGGUGCACUCCUACGGGAUCAUUCGGAUGCCCGACAAGAUCAUGCUGUUUCCCGUGGCGCUCGUGUGGCUUUGGCUCGCAGCUCUGCCCUUCCUGCACAGCCUGGCCUGGUGGGCGCUGGUCCUCCAGGUCCCCGGCGCCCUGGCUGCCGCACAUGGCUUUCGCCAGGCAGGCAAAGAGAUCGUCCAGGAACCUGACGAGGUAUGA